AUGGCGGAGCAAAAUCAACCACAAAAUGACGAUCCAUUCCUUGGACUUGCGCCAGAAGAGGUGAGUUUCUUUCUUCUAACAAAAAAAUACUUAUAUUUGAAAAAAAAUGAUUUGUUUUAGGAGAAAUUUGCGAAGAACUUGACAGCCAAAUGUGUUUUGGGAGCUAUCUCACAACCAUUGACUGUUACUCGAAUUUUGAUUCAAUUGGGACAUGAACCUUUCGCACUUUCGACUGGAAAAACAUUGAUUGUUGCUGGAAGAAAUGCAUAUUUCUUGCCAAAUGCUUUCAGUUAUAGUAAGUUUUAUUUCAAAAUUAUUAUUUUCAAUGAAACAAAACAAAUAUUUUAAGUGCGCCAACUUGCCAAUACCCAAGGUCUUGGAGUUCUUUGGACUGGUCUUGAUUCGGCUAUCAUUUCUUUGAUUGCCCAAGGAAUUGCGUCACAUAAUACAGAAAGAGUGAGUUGUAAAUUGAAUUGAAAAUUAUUCAUAAGAAGUGUUUUUCAGUACAUCGAUGAAUAUUAUCCAAACAUCGGUGGAGCUCCAGAAAACAUCGAUAAAGAAGAAGAUGUUUUAUCUGAUCAUGAAUCAUUCAAGCGUGUUCUUCGCUCCGCAAUUCGUGAUUCAGUUGUUCGUGUAGCUGCUAUCACCGCUUCUCGCCCAUUCACUGUUGUUUUGAUUCGUCAAAUCGCACAACUUAUUGGAAAAGAAGUCAAAUACACAACAACUUUCAAAUCUUUGGGUCUUAUUGGAUCUCAAGAAGGACCAGCUGGUCUUUUCAGUGGUUUGGCUCCUCAAAUUCUUGGUGAACUUGUUGUUAUUUGGGGUGUUCAUUCAUUGACAUAUGCACUUCAACGAACACUUCUUCGAACUGAAAUUGGAAACACUAAACAAGCUGAUGAAAAUGCAGUCAAAUCGGCGAAAGAUGUUCAAAAGUUUGUCAAGACCGCUGUUCCAUUUGUUGUCAAUUCGUUCGGAUAUCCAUACGGCGUUGUUUCGUGUGUUAUGGCUGUUGCUGGAUCAGGACUCGCUGUCUCAUUCCUUCCAUAUUCGCCAUCGUUUGUUACAUGGCAUAAUGCAUGGGAUUAUUUGAGACCAAAUGGAUUGAAACGAGGAGCCAGAUUGUUCCUUCGUGAACAGGUGAGCAUUGGGGGAAUUUUUGAGACUUAAAAAAAAUGUUCCGGUUCAAAAAAAGCUCACGUUUUUUACAAGGGAACCUUUUUUACUCAACACUUCAAAUCUUGGUGAAAUUUUGUCCAUGGACAGCUUUUGGGGUCAUAAGAACACCCUGAAAAUUUUAGUUACCCAAUGGAUCUCUGAGCCAAGUUCUGGGCUCUCAAAAGUUCGAAAAUUCCCAAAGUUUGGAAUCCAAACACAUCAUAAUUCAAUUCUCGAUCAUUUUUAUGAAAAACUGAGUAGCAGAUGAUUAUCAGUGUUUUAUGGACCAAUUUUUGGUAUUUUGAGAGCCCAGAACUUGGCUCAGAGAUCCAUUGGGUAACUAAAAUUUUCAGGGUGUUCUUAGGUUCCCUUGUCAGUCCCAAAAAUGUUUUCAACUAUUUUUCUCAAAUUUCAAAAUUCGAAUUUCAGGUCGGAGCUGUCACUGUUGGAACCGACUCUCAAUUGUAUGCUAGCAAUUCGUAUUUCGCCUAA